UGUUUGGACUGAAUGCUUAAUGGUUUGCAGUCUUUGGAGUUUGUAGUUUGUAGUACACUGUUGUUGAGAUACAGUUUCUGCCUAAGCAACCCAAUAUUUGCAUGAUAAUUAUUUUUAAAAUAACAAUGUAAAACAUAUUCUGCACUAUUGUGUAGUCUUCAUGAUACAGUUCUCCCAUCCUUUGAAUUGUAAUGUGUGUAUAAAGCCAUAAGGUGGCACUGAAGACCAUAUAACUGAAUAUUUAAAUCACGUCCUGAUGCCCCUCCCAGAAUAUAGACGUAAUUAUGUCUUGUCGGGUUUUAACACAAAGGGACGCAGAAGCAAAGAGAGAAAGCCGGGGGAUGAUCUGCACUGUGGACAAUUUUGAUGAAAAGGGAGCAUAGCUUCCGUCAAUACUCGACAUCUUUUGGACCUGUUUACGUGCUGGUUUCAUGUCUGAUUGGAUUAUGUCUUCAAAUAAGAGGAGUUCUGUGGUGGCAUACGUGCUAUUUGUGCUGCUGGACUUUUAUUUCGAAGCGGUGUCUGGACAGCUCUCCUACUCCAUAUCCGAAGAAGUAAAUACGGGGACUUCUGUCGGAAAUAUAGCAAAGGACCUAAACCUCGGUGUACAUGAGCUGGACUCUCGGAUGUUUCAAAUCGUUCUCGGAUCAAAGAAAAAAUAUUUCGAGGUAAAUCUGAAGACGGGUGUUCUCUUUGUCAAUGACAGAAUAGACCGAGAGGAGCUGUGUGCGAAGGCAACGAAAUGCACAGUGAACGUCGAAGCUGUAAUAAACGCUCCGUUAAAGCUUUAUCGAUUAGAAGUAAAUAUUCUAGAUGUUAAUGACAAUUAUCCGUCUUUCAGUACCAAUUCGCAGAAUAUCGACAUAGCGGAAACCACGUUACCUGGUACUAAAUUCCUCCUGUUAUCGGCCUAUGAUGCCGAUGUUGGAAAGAAUGGCAUCAGUACGUACAAGCUAAAUACUAAUGACAAUUUUGUAUUAUCAGUGAACAAAGGAGAAAGUGUGUCUGCGGAACUAGUCCUCCAGAAACCGUUAGACCGAGAAAAACAACCUGUAAUAAAACUCACGCUGACUGCAGUGGAUGGAGGAACACCUCCAAAGUCCGGAACAUCACAGAUAAUAAUCAGUGUCUUAGAUGUUAAUGAUAAUGUCCCGAUAUUUACCAAACCUUUGUAUAAAACAAGCGUUAGUGAAAACGCACCGGUUGGUAGUUCAGUCAUAACAAUAACGGCAACAGACGACGAUGAAGGGCCAAACGGGGAGAUUACGUAUUCACUGAGCAGCAAAGAUCAAGACCAUGUUCUUAAUAUAUUUCAAAUUGAUGAGCAGACCGGAUUAUUGACAGUUAAAGGUAAGAUUGACUUUGAAGAGCAUCCUGCUUUCGAAAUCCGAAUUCAGGCUGCUGAUAAAGGCUAUCCUCCAAUGACAGCACAGUGCAAAGUACUAAUAGAGGUGGUGGAUUUAAAUGACAAUAGUCCUGAAAUAUCUGUAACAACUCUGAGUAACACAGUAAAAGAGGAUGCCAAAACGGGCACUGCUAUUGCACUCGUGUCAGUCCUUGACAGAGAUGGAGGCAAAAAUGGAAUAGUGCAUUGUAGUGUUAAAAAUGAAAGUCCCUUUAAGUUGGAAACAAACUACAAAAAUUAUUACUCGUUGGUAGUAGAUGGGCAACUAGACAGAGAGACAAAUUCAUAUUACAAUGUCACCAUCACAGCUACAGAUGAUGGAACACCAGCUCUCACAAGCACCAGGGAUCUUACUGUUCAUGUUUCUGACGUCAAUGACAAUUCUCCUCGUUUUUCAGACUCUGUAUUUAAUGUUUAUUUAAAGGAAAACAGUCCAAUUGGAGCAGUUAUAAAAAGAGUAUCUGCACUUGAUGCAGAUAUUGAUCAAAAUGCCCAAGUAACCUACACAAUUGUCGAAAAUAACAGUAACACAAUGCCACUAUCUACAAUGAUUAAUAUAAACUCAGAGACUGGAGACAUCAUCAGUCUUCAGUCUUUUAACUAUGAAGAGUUACAAACGUUUCAGUUUAAGGUUCAGGCCACAGACUCUGGUGUUCCUCCACUCAGCAGCAACGUGACUGUAAAUGUUUUUAUCCUGGAUGAAAAUGACAACAAUCCAUCGAUUCUGCAACCUUAUUCUGAGCACGGCUCUGUUAAUAGUGAGAACAUCCCCUAUUCUGCUGAAGCUGGGUACUUUGUAGCUAAGAUCAGGGCUGUAGAUGCAGACUCUGGAUACAAUGCUCUGCUUUCUUAUCACCUGUCUGAGCCCAAAGGAAACAACCUGUUCAGGAUCGGAACCAGCACCGGGGAGAUCAGGACUAAGAGGAGAAUGAGUGACAAUGAUCUGAAAACUCACCCCUUGGUGGUGCUGGUUUCUGAUAGUGGAGAACCCUCCCUGUCAGCUACUGUGUCUAUUGAAGUGGUGGUGGUUGAAAGCACUGCUGACAUCCAGACUCAGUUCAGACAUGUGCCUAUAAAGGAGGACAACUUCUCUGACUUGAACCUGUAUCUGCUCAUCGCCAUUGUCUCAGUGUCAGUGAUCUUUCUGCUGAGCCUCAUCAGUUUAAUAGCUGUCAAAUGCCACAGGACAGACAGUUUCAGCAGGUACAGCGCCCCCAUGAUCACCACCCACCCUGACGGGAGCUGGUCUUACUCUAAAUCUACUCAGCAGUACGACGUGUGUUUCAGCUCAGACACACUGAAGAGUGAUGUAGUGGUUUUCCCUGCACCGUUUGCACCUGUAGAUGGUGAGCUGAUCAGUAUUAACGAAGGAGACACUUUUACCAGGACACAGACUUUACCUAACAAAGAAAAGGUAAGAACAUAGUCAUGCAUCUUAUUUUGAAAAUGCUGUAGCUCAUGGAAAAAAAAAAUCAAAAGAUGUCAUGAUGUUUAACUUGACAUGACAAUCAAAUAUGUUUGGAGUAGCCUGGUUGCCAUCUCCUUAUUUAAACUGUCUAAGGUUCUGAUCUUGAGUGUGUGAUCAUGAGUUUCCCCUGAGAAAAUUGUUAGCAUAUUCAUCCAAGUUUUAUCUAUUGUUGUACACUUUUUAACAAUGAAAGCAAUGAUCAUGAUAUAUUUAAUUUUUAACAUUGGUUAAGUUCAUUUUUAAGAAUGUAUUCAUUACACCGAUCUCAUCGUGGGGUACCUGUAGAAAAUCAUCAGUAGGAUAUUGGGUAUUUUAUUUAAGUCUAAUUUUAAAGAGAUUCGACGAGUAGAUGUGAAGAAAUUAAACAUGUCUAUGACGUUUGAGCACAGUCGGUCUAACUUGUUGAAAAAUGAUAAAUAGUGGGAAAUCUUGCAGAGUAAUUAUUACAUUAUUUUGUAUUGGGAUCUGUUUUAAUUCAUCGGAGGAAAUAGUGUCAUACUGAGUGUAGUUGUAGAAAAUGUCCACAUGGGGACAUUGUAGACCAUCACUUUUUCGUUUCCUUUUUCACUGGCUUGCGGCUCCUCCCAAUUCCAAAGGAUGAUGAUGUUUCUCAGACGCUCGAAACAAAGAGACGGAGAGACUGAAAGAGGACGACGUGACGGCGAUUAUUGCUUUGCAUUUUGAAAUGAUCUCGUGUAAUUUCUGACAACGGUUCAGUUCUUCUUUGUGACCUUACCGAACUGUUUUGUCGAUGUGAUUUCUCCGGACGGGCGGAAU